UCUCCCCCCACCCCAAAAAAAAUUCUGUCCCUCUUUCUCUCUCUUGUUUCUUUUUUAAUUUCUUUUGUGUGAUAGUUUCGGAUGGGCUUGUAACUUGUUCUUCUUCCUUGCGAUUUUUCUUUUGGUUACUUGAUUCCGUGUGUGCUUGUUUUUUUCUCUUUUGGGCUGUGGUUUUGAAAUUUGAGAGAUUGAUUACCGUGUUUUGAGCUGAGAAUUGGUGCAAAGACCUGGGUUUUCUUCCCAAAACUUUUUGGCUGGUGAUCUGGUUCUUGGUCGUGACUAGUGACUUUCGUUUGAUCCGAGCUGAACUCACCAGUCACCGAUGGGGUUGAUCCGGACCUGAUCAAGUGGACCCGUAUGGAGUCUAGGGCGGGUCAAGCUGAUGGGGUUGACUUGGCCGACUGAGAAACGUCGCCCAUGUUUUCUCAGUCGGCCCUUGUGGCCCAAGCCGGGCGUAUCAGUGAGCUAGGCGUUUUUAGUUAAGCGACACCAGUGUCAGCCGCGUAUAAACUCAGAAAGGAUCGUGUUUGUGGUUUCUGAAACGAGUUGUUUUCGACGGUAAAAGCAUAACAUAUGUAGAAUGGUGGUCUGUUUUGCUGUGCCGUACCCUCCUUCAAUUUGCUUGACAAAAUCUGAGUCAUCCAUGUAUAUGGGUCCACAUAGUGGACAGUUAAUUUCUCUAUAUUCUAAUAACAUGAAGGAAUUUGCAUUCAAGAUGUGCUUCCAUGUAUCAAUUAGUCGGUUGCGUAUGUCAUUUUCAAUUUGGUCAUGUGGAUUAAUUUUGCGCUUGGAAUUGAAAGCCGUGAUUCACUUUUGGUGUCACGAAAACAAUUUGAAAGGGGGGAGCUUACGUGCGGUUUUGGUGUGUGUAUGUUUGCAUGCAUUAAAAACUUGGUUAACAGAAACAUUGAGACUGCUACAGUGUUGAACAUCACUACAAGUUGUCUCUAUUUAGUUGUUUAGGCAUGUCAAACGAAGGAAAAUGCUGCUCCUAGAGAACUGCUUCCUUAAUGCUUGUAGCGGCUAAAUUGCAUGGGAAAUGUUGAAGGAACUAACAGUGGAUGAAAAUUCAUGAAUUUCCUUUGUCGUUACCUCUGAAAGUAAAUCUGGAAGAAGAAAUGAAAUCAAAACAGUUCUCAGUUGUUGUAUCCUAGCAUGGUUGCUGUAAUCAGAAAUUAAAACAGUUGGUUAAUGUAUCCUAGCAAGAUUGUUUUAAUUCAAUGGGACCCUUUUUGGUUUAUUUAUAUUGCUCCUUGGGUUCUAAAUAGCUUCAUGAGCAAUUAUGUAUUUUUAUAUAUGUUUUAUUUAUGAACAAUAGAAUAUUUAUGUUCAUUAAAUAAAAGAAAGGCAGAAUUUAAGUUCACAUUAAAUGUUCCCCCUUUGAAACUACAAAAGUUGCUAGAGCUGACUAGCCAUCCACUCAAAUAGCAAGCUCACUAGAUUAUGCAUAUUUAGGCUUAACUCAACUUCAUCAAAUGUCUGACUAUUCCUUUCCCACGGCAAGGCAUUUCCAAAUGUUGCUUCUGCAAAUCAUUCAAAACCUUCCUUUCUAGCUAGUGAGAAACUUGAUUCUUUUUUCUUUUCUGCUUGCUGGAUUGUUUUUUAAUAUUGAUGGUGUAUAAAAACAGUGGGGGAGAGGGUUCCUGUAUGUGUAAGGCGUAGCUGUUUUCUGAAUAGUGUAAGUGAUUCAUGGACAAAUGCUUCACAACUUUGUAUGCUUACAAGGGUCGCUAUUAUUAGUUCUAGCUUAAAUGUGACUGCUGCUUAUUGGUAAAGUUAUAUCAAUACAUUUAUCUCAUUAUUGAAUGGUUUGAUGUUUGUUUAUAUAACAGUUCAUUUUCUACAGAUGUUUGAUUUCUAGUUUUUUUAUAUCUGCACCAAAACUUCAUUUUUCUUUCUCAUUGAUUGGUUGGUAUCCUUAGCUUUUGGUUAAUUUUAGUAAUGGUGCCUGUGCGGUUGUUUGGAUGUCAAAUCUGAAGUUGGGGGUAACUGAAUGGCACCGUUUACACUCGGUGAUACAACUAAUAACUCUGCAACAAAAUUCCGAUGAUCAUUAGAUUGCUAUCCAUGGUACUUGUCUGCCAGAUUGAGGAUUUCAGUGUUAUAACGAAGGUUACUGAAGUUGUUUCUGCCUUGUAAUAUCUGUAGUUUACAUCUCAUGUAUGAGUUAUCUUCACUAGUAAGUUCUGUUCUUAAAUUAAGUUUUCACCAUCAAAUGUAGCUCUUUCAUGGGAAUUCCAUAUCAAGUUGUUCUCUGGUCUGUUGAUGGGGGGGUGCACAGAGCAGGCAAAUUGUGCUGGAUCCCACUUUGUAUGGAGCACUUUGUCUGCUGUAUGCAUGGGAAUUAUCUCUUUCUUGGUACUUGUUUUCCACUGUUAUUCAGUUGAUUUUGUCACUAAUUUGGAGUUUGAUUAUCUGCACGUUUUUCUUACUAUGCUUUGCUCUUAUACUCUGAUGGAUGUCAUAACAUACUCGUAUUGAUGGUUUCCGAAAUGUUCUAUUUGAGCAAUAGUGCUUUUUAAAGCCAACUUGGAUUUCUUGAUUUUGAUUGUUAAUAAAAUACAGUAAAAGCUCGUUUGAUUUUGCAACUUGAUAGUUGUUUGAAUAUUUCAGCAUUAAGACUAUCAUUAUGUCGUAAGCCAAUUGUUUUUAGUUGUAAAUACCCUUGUUUUACUAAUUGUUCGAUUUACAAAAGGCAGGAAUUCAUUUUUGCCAUGGAAACCCCUGUUGAGGAGAAGACGGCAAAGCCUGAUGAGGAGAAGAUGGCCAAGCCGGAUGAGCACAAUAUCGGAAACUCACAUAAGCAUGCAACGGGAACCCUAGAUGAGCACACAAGGGAAACCCCAAAUAAUCACACAACAGGAACCACAGAUGAGCACAUGAGGGAAACUCUGAAUAAUCACACAACGGGAACCUCAAAUGAGCUCACAACGGAAACCACAGGGGACCACACAAUGGCAAGCACAGAUGAGAAAAUGAUGGGCACCCUGCAUGAGCAAACAGUGGCACCACCUGAUGAGCAAACGGAGGCACCACCUGAUGAGCAUACCGUGGCACUACCUGAUGAGCAGGCCGUGGCACCACCAGAUGAGCAGACCAUGGCACCGCCGGAUGAGCAGACCAUGGCACUGCCGGAUGAGCAAAUGAUGGAAACAACAGAUGAACAAACAAUGCCAAUUGCAAAUGAGCAGGCAAUGGUAAUCUCAGACGAGCAGACCAUGGCACUGCCGGAUGAGCAAAUGAUGGAAACAACAGAUGAACAAACAAUGCCAAUUGCAAAUGAGCAGGCAAUGGUAAUCUCAGACGACCACGCAAUGGUAAUCUCAGACCACCAUGCAAUGGUAAUCUCAGAUGAACACAUGAUGGCAAUCGCAGAUGAGCACGCAAUGUCAAUCUCUUAUGAGCAUACAAUUCCAACCCUUGAUAACAAAAUGAUAACAACUCCCGAGGUGAACCAUGAGCUGCCAAAUCCAGAAGUACAACCUAACAAGCGGAGGAAAAAAAAGUCCAUAGUAUGGGAGCACUUCACCAUAGAAACUGUCAGUCCUGGAUGUAGACGAGCAUGCUGUAAGCAAUGCAAGCAAAGUUUUGCAUACAGUACUGGUUCUAAAGUUGCUGGAACCAGCCACCUGAAACGCCACAUUGCCAAGGGGACCUGCCCGGCACUUCUACGUAACCAGGGGCAGAAUCAGUCAACACCAUAUACCCCACGUUCAAGGUCAGUGGGAACAGGCAGUGCUACUGAUCCACCAAAACGACGUUACAGAAGCCCUAGCUCACCAUACAUCAUGUUUGAUCAGGAUCGUUGCCGCAAUGAGAUUGCUAGGAUGAUCAUCAUGCACGACUACCCACUUCACAUGGUUGAACAUCCUGGGUUUAUAGCUUUUGUUCAGAAUAUUCAGCCACGUUUCAACAUGGUGAGUUUCAAUACCGUCCAAGGGGAUUGUGUUGCAACUUACUUGAUGGAAAAGCAAAACCUGAUGAAGUUUAUCGAGGGCAUGCCUGGACGUGUUUGCCUUACACUGGACAUGUGGACUUCAAGCCAAACAGUAGGCUAUGUGUUUAUAACUGGACUUUUCAUUGAUAGUGAUUGGAAAAUGCACAGGCGAAUUCUCAAUGUCAUAAUGGAGCCAUAUCCUGAUUCGGACACUGCCCUUAGUCAUGCUGUUGCUGCUUGCCUUUCUGAUUGGAACUUGGAGAGCAAGUUAUUCUCUCUCACUUUUAAUCAGCCGCCAAGUGAAGCUGCUGUUGAGAAUCUUAGGCCUCUUCUCGCCAUUAAGAACCCACUAAUCCUCAAUGGUCAAUUAUUAGUUAGUAAUUGCAUUGCACGCACCUUGAGCAGCAUGGCAAAAGAUGUCCUAGGGGCGGGGCAAGGAAUAAUCAAGAAAAUCCGGGAUAGUGUGAAGUAUGUGAAGACAUCAGAAGCCCAUGAGGGAAAGUUUGUUGAGCUCAAGGAACAGCUUCAAGUCCCCAGUGAAAGGAGUCUAUCUAUUGAUGACCAGACUCAAUGGAACACUACAUAUCAAAUGCUGGUGGCUUCUUCUGAGUUGAAGGAAGUGUUUUCUUGUUUGGAUACUUCUGAUCCUGAUUACAAGGAAGCCCCGUCCAUGGAAGAUUGGAAGCAGGUUGAGACGCUAUGUACAUACUUGAAACUUCUCUUUGAUGCCGCAAACAUCCUGACCUUUACUACUAGCCCAACUGCAAUUACAUUCUUUCACGAAGUGUGGAAGAUACAGACAGAGCUAGCUCGUUCAGUUGUGAGUGAGGAUCCGUUCAUCAGCUACCUUACUAAAUUAAUGCAAGAAAAAGUUGAGAAGUACUGGAAGGAUAGCAGCCUAGUUUUGGCAAUUGCCGUAGUCAUGGAUCCCCGUUUCAAGAUGAAGCUUGUUGAGUUUAGUUUCUCGAAAAUCUAUGGCGAAGAAGCUCCCACAUAUAUCAAGAUUGUCGAUGAUGGAAUUCGUGAGCUCUUUCAUGAAUAUUUGAUGCUUCCGUUGCCUCUAACGCCAACUUAUGCGGAAGAAGGAAAUGCUGGAAGCAAUAGCAAGACAGAUGAAUCCCAGGGAGGAAAUCUUCUGUCUGACAAUGGACUCACGGAUUUUGAUGCGUAUAUUAUGGAGACUACAAGCCAACAGAUGAAGUCAGAGCUGGAUCAGUAUUUGGAAGAGUCUUUAUUGCCUCGUGUGCAGGAGUUUGAUGUGUCAGGCUGGUGGAAGCUAAACAAGCUGAAGUACCCAACUCUUUCAAAAAUGGCUCGUGAUAUUCUGUCUAUCCCAGUGUCUACUGCUGGACCGGACUCUGUAUUUGAUACCACAAUCAAGGAGAUGGAUCGAUAUAGAAGAUCUCUACGACCAGAGACGGUGGAAGCCCUCAUAUGCGCCAAGGAUUGGAUGCAAUAUGGGUCAGCAGAAGCUUCAAAUGCUCUUGUGAGAAUGGAAUAUUAGAUUCUAGCCUGGGUUUUGAUUCUGUGACAGUAUGUCUUGUAUGAUGGUAGGUUGUUGGCAUGUUGUUUAAGUUUCUAAUUGCCCCCACUAGGUGUAACAAUCUGUACCAUUCUUAGAGAUUUUUAGGGUGGAUGCUUGGACACGAUAAUUUAGCUUCUAGUGUUAGCUUCGGUUAAUUACAUUCAGUAUCAAAGGCUGCACAUGGUUUCUACAA